CCUCGCCGCCCCCCUUAUCUGCUCCAAGCCAAUCAAACCGCUCCGAACUUCGCCGCUCCCGCUCCUCGCCGGCCGCGCCUCGUCUCGCCGGCCCGCCGCCUACAGACAGCCCAAGGCCAGGAUGGCGGCGUGCCCCGCCGCGACCACGGCUCGCGUGGGCGCGCACGGAGGACCGUGCCGCCCGUGGAGGAGAAGCGAGGGGACCCCGAACGUCCUCGCAGCCUCCGCUACGCCACUGCGCGCCGGUGGUCGCCGCCCGGUCCGCGGCACGAGGGCGCGCGCCUCGGAGCUGCAGCAGGCGCCCGCCGCCGCGCCUGCCACGGCGAGUGGCGUCGCGACCCACAAGGUCACCGUCCACGACCGGGAGCGCGGGGUCGUCCACGAGUUCGUCGUGCCCCAGGACCAGUACAUUCUGCACACGGCGGAGGCGCAGGACAUCACGCUCCCGUUCGCGUGCCGCCAUGGUUGCUGUACUAGCUGCGCGGUGCGGAUAAAAUCAGGGCAGAUUAGACAGCCUGAAGCACUUGGAAUAUCUGCUGAAUUAAGGGAGAAGGGGUAUGCCUUGCUAUGUGUUGGUUACCCAUCCUCCGAUGUUGAGGUUGAAACUCAAGAUGAAGAUGAGGUAUACUGGCUCCAGUUUGGAAGAUAUUUUGCACGAGGGCCUAUUGAUAGAGAUGAUUACGCGCUAGAGCUUGCAAUGGGAGAUGAGUGAUACGUGCAUAACAGAGAUACAUGGC